ACCCUGUUCUGUCAGACGUCCCUCGAGGAUUGUGCCGGCAGUUCGAGUUUGUUGUUCUCGUAUUUUUAUUUUCUCCUGACGGCGAUAGCCUGCCUCGCCCACUGUUCUCUGUCGUCUGCUCACGUACGGCGUGAUUGCUACGGGGCUGUAUUAAGGCGCGGCCUUUCGACGGUAGUGGAAAAGGAGAGAAAAAUACAAGCUGCGGUCCCUAUGCCACUGGUCAGCCAUCAGUCCUCCUCGGGACAUGGGACGGACCUGUCUUCUGGUCACCGCCUGUCUUCUGGUGGCCGCUUCUACAGUCGUCCGGGCACAAAGGGACACGGACUUCUACUUCGGCACGAGGGUGCGCUGCCACACGUGCGACGCCGACUUCACCAUCGAGAAGUUCUCGGUGGAGCACCCCUGCCUGGUUGGACAGCGAGAGAGGGACGUGGCCUACUGUAGCGUCAACUCGAACUUCUGCAAGGUGGAGGUGACGCGCCUUAACGGCGUGCUGGUGACGUACUCGCGGCGGUGUGCCGACAAAUGCUCCCCGAAUUGCUACGAGAAGGGCUUCGGCAUGCUCAGGGAGCAGUGCACCUACUGCUGCCGCCGCAACCCCGCCUGCGGGGAGAAGCGCAAGCCCUGACGCCCGCCGCACGGCGCACGCACAGCCGCCACCACAGCGCGCCCCUUGAGCCCAGCACGCGCAGUAGGCCAGCAGCCCGCACCGCCGAGGCGGGUGUCGGGGCCCCAGACAGCGCCGGGCCAGCAGCCUCCGAGCUCCGUAGGGACUGCCAUCACGAGCCUUCCUUCCUCCUCGCCUGCUGGCACAUCCUGGUGGCCGCCAUCGGUCGCAGCUUUCCUCGCCACGCGUCUCUGAUGCGAUGCCUGCUGAUCGCCGACACGUGA